UCCCCGCUGAGGAGGCGCAGUAGCCGGAGAUGGCGGCGGUGUUGAACACGGAGCGACUCGAGGUCUCUGUGGACGGCCUCACGCUAAGCCCAGACCCUGAAGAGCGGCCUAGGGCGGAAGGUGCUCCGCUGCUGCCCCCGCCACGGCCGCCGCCUUCCCCUCGGGGAGCCGGCCGGGGCCCGGGCGCUGCAGGGGAUCCGCGGGAGCCCGGGGAGGCGGCGGCUGGGGGCGCGGCGGCGGAGGCGCGGCGGCUGGAGCUGCACUGGGGCUUCGAGCUGGAGGAGCUGUACGGCCUGGCGUUGCGUUUCUUUAAAGAAAAAGAUGGAAAAGCGUUUCAUUCAACUUAUGAAGAGAAACUAAAACUUGUGGCACUGUAUAAGCAGGUUCUUAUGGGCCCAUACAACCCAGACACUUGUCCUGAGGUUGGAUUCUUCGAUGUGCUGGGAAAUGAUAGGAGGAGAGAAUGGGCAGCCUUGGGAAGCAUGUCAAAAGAAGAUGCCAUGGUAGAGUUUGUCAAGCUUCUGAAUAGAUGUUGCCAUCUAUUUUCAACGUAUGUUACCUCCCAUAAAAUAGAGAAGGAAGAGCAAGAAAAGAAAAGGAAGGAGGAGGAGGAACGAAGGAGGCGCGAAGAAGAGGAAAGAGAGCGUCUGCAAAAGGAGGAAGAGAAGCGUCGGAGGGAAGAACAGGAAAGGCUGAGACGGGAGGAAGAGGAAAGGAGGCGAAUAGAAGAAGAGCGACUUCGGUUGGAACAGCAAAAGCAGCAGAUAAUGGCAGCUUUAAACUCGCAGACGGCCGUGCAAUUCCAACAGUAUGCAGCCCAACAGUAUCCAGGGAACUACGAACAGCAGCAAAUUCUCAUCCGCCAAUUGCAGGAGCAGCACUAUCAGCAGUAUAUGCAGCAGUUGUAUCAAGUCCAGCUUGCACAGCAGCAGGCAGCGUUACAGAAACAACAGGAAGUAGCAGUAGCUGGGGCUUCUGUGCCUGCACCAUCCAAAGUGAACACAGCUGUGUCAUGUGAUAUAAUGUCAGUUAAUGGACAGGCCCAAACCCACAAUGACAGCAACUCUAAGAAAGAAUUAGAACCUGAACCUGCUGAGGCAGCUUUGGAGAAUGGACCAAAAGACUCUCUUCCAGCAAUAGCAUCUCCAUCUAUGUGGACACGACCCCAAAUCAAAGACUUUAAAGAGAAGAUUCGGCAGGAUGUGGAUUCUGUUAUUACCGUGGGCCGAGGAGAAGUGGUCACUGUCCGAGUACCCACCCAUGAAGAAGGAUCCUAUCUCUUUUGGGAGUUUGCUACAGACAAUUAUGACAUUGGGUUUGGGGUGUAUUUUGAAUGGACAGACUCUCCAAACACUGCUGUCAGCGUGCAUGUCAGUGAGUCCAGCGAUGACGACGAGGAAGAAGAAGAACAUAUCACUAAUGACGAGAAAGCCAAAAAGAAUGCCAACAAGCCUGUGCUGGAUGAGAUUGUGCCUGUGUACCGACGGGACUGUCAUGAAGAAGUGUAUGCUGGCAGCCACCAAUAUCCAGGGAGAGGAGUCUAUCUCCUCAAAUUUGACAACUCCUAUUCUUUGUGGAGGUCAAAAUCAGUCUACUACAGAGUCUAUUAUACUAGAUAAAGCUAUUGUUACAGAAUCUGGAGUCUAGAGUUGGGCAGAAGAUGACGUUUAAUUUGGAAAUUUCCUUUGACUUUUUUGAAACAUUGGAGUCAGUGUUUAUUGAUUUUGGUCUGGUGGUUUGUGAACUCUUUUUGGGAAUCAACAUUUCCCCGAGACCCUUUAACAUUCAUACUUUGGGGAUGGAGGGAUCCCUUAGUCUCCCCAAGUUCUUGGGUCCUGCCCAGCAGAGAGUCUGGAGGAUGCUGAAGUCAACGUGAACUAUGUGUUAAAUAUCUAACAUCUUCAAAAUAAAACAUCCCAACACUGGCCCCACUUGGCUAGUGGGUAGUCUAUUGCUGCCUGUUCCAUGUGUUUUAUGAGAGCUCACACUGUAUUGCCUUCUGGUUUGAGAUCCUUAUGAUAAAUAGGCUACAUGGGAUGCAGCUGGCUUUGAUGGAAUGAAGGUCAGCAUUCUUAAAACUUUAAAACUCAAAGACCUCACUGGUUAUAAUAGAAAAAAGAGAUUAUCUCAGUUUGAUCUUGUUCUGAAUGAUCCAGAUUGUAUGUGCUUCUGGUGCAACUGUUUAGUUCAGAGUUAUAUAUUACAGAGUUAUUUUCUGAGAUAGACUUAGACUUAACCUAGAAUGUUCAAUCCCAAGUGAUAAUUGAAAUAUCAAGAUACAUAGAACACUUGUAACGUCUUUCUGAGAGCCUCCACAAAUUUUCCUCUUCCAUCUGUUUUCCAAAUUACUAAUAGCAAGGCAAAAGUAAUUAAUUUUUGCCUUGAUUUGGCUUUAUAGAUCAUCUCAAAUUGGAACUGUCUUAUGCACACGGGAUUUUGUCAAAUGGCACCUACUGAAGUUAAAUAUUUAAAGUUUUCAUAUAACUUAGUAAUGGGAAUAACAUUGCACUGAUAGGAAGUUGCUGCCAGAGACAGUCCCUUUUCUUUGUGUUACUCCUUAGGCACAAGUCCUACACGAUUCCAGUUUAUAAGUAAUAGAAUUGGAAAUACAUGUGCUCAUGCUUAAAUUUCAUAGCUUUAAUCUGUAUUAUGUCUUUAUUGAGGGGAAGAGGUACGUUUUUGUUUUCUCCACUGAAAACAAAUAGGAAUUAACUGCCUCAAAAUUGUAUAAGUGAUUGAUUAGUCUAAAGAUUCUUGUUUUCAGCAGGGAGUCUGAUAUAAAUAGAAAAUCACAAAGAUGGCAAUAUAUACUUCACGUUGUUAUAUGUUAUUGGAAUACCUAGAGAUUUUUAUUUCAAAACAUAAUCACUUCUUGUAGAAGGGUUUCCACUGAUUAGCUGCAGUGUGUGCAGUUCACUACAUAAUGAGCUGCUGUUGGUGUUUCUCGUGGACUGUAUUUCUCUUUUUUUUAGUACCAGGUUUUAUACAUACUUAACUCUUUCAGUUCAGAAAUUCGAUUGCUUUCUCCUAAGCAGUGCUUGAUUUGUGUGUGUUUGUUUAAUUUUGUUUUAAAAGUAGUCCCAGCUCACAGGUGUCUGUGCUGUUAUAUACAGAAUGCUGUGUCAGACUGUCCGUCAGCUCUCAUUGCAUAUGGUGUAGGAACCAUGAGGCAAGGCACUUCUUGGCUUUUUUUCUUUUAAUGAGAAAAAUACUGUAUUUAAAAUGUAAAAUAAACUCUGAAAAAACAGGCACUAAUAUAUAUUUCUUCCAGGUUUUGACAGAAUUUGUCCUUACAUAUGGUAAGAUGAAUUAUCUUCUAAAAAUAUCAUUGUUCUUGGGAGCAGUAUGUUACUUUACAUAACAGUGGUUCCUGUCAUGUGUCAUGUCAGAACAUUUUUGGUUUUAAAACUUUUUUAUUGCCUUUGGCUGUUGAUUAGUACAGUACAAGUACGAUUUCAAAAAAAUCUUGGAAUAAUAUAUUUAAUCAAUUAAAAUGUUUAUCUGUAA